AUGGAUCUGGACGAAACAAUGACCACAUCCACCAGCUCCACGCCAUCCGCAGCUGCAGAUGCAUUCGAUGACGAUAACUUGUUCCCCGAUUCCCGUGCCAGCGCCCGUGCCCUCACUCCAGUAAAUGACCAUCUCAAUGCCGCGGCUCCAGGCGAACUGUCUCCUCCGCGUUCUCAACCUCGCUCCGAAGAAAGUGUGCCACAAGCCGUCCCAAAUGGUGCCGGCCAACAAGCAAACACCUCAGUCACCCGAAGUGCCGCGAAAGGUGCAGCUACGGACUCAGCACUAGCAUCAGAGACCCGCACAGAUGAUACCGCCGCAUUGUCAGCUGCAGGUGCUCUUGGCGAGCGUGAAGAACGACCAGGCUGGGGUUGGAAGAACAAGAAGGCUCAGGAAGAGAUGCAGCGUACUUGGGAGAUUGUGGUAGAUCGGGAUUUCAGUCUCAAGGAAUAUGGGGAUGUGGUCAUGUUGGGCAAAGGCACCUGA